CCAUCACUCUAAACAAAGGAUAUGGAGCUUUUCACUUGCAUCCACAGAAUCUUCAUCUCUUUCUCUUUCUUCCUUUUCUUGGCCCAUAUCACUAGUCAGAGUAAUGUGUUAGAUUCCACCUCCAACUCCAAUAUCUACAUUGACAAAUAGAGAAAGAAAAAAAGAAUACAAACUCUAAACAAAAAAGGAGGAAAUGGGGUUGAUCAAAGCAGCAAUUGGAGAUGGAGUUUUAACAUCAAUGUGGGUUUUCAUAAUCUCAACAUUGAGGAUUGUCACAACUGAGGUGGCACUUUUCCUUGGCCUCCAACCUCUUUCACUUGCAGGCCUCAUAAUCAGCACCAUCCUAAACAGUUUCUAUGUCCUCACCAUAAGCUUCAUUGGAAGAAUCUUAGGUGGUGCAAACUUCAACCCUUCAACAAGUCUUUCAUUCUACACUGCAGGGUUGAGGCCUGACUCAUCCCUUUCAUCAAUGGCAGUAAGGUUCCCUGCACAGGCAUAUGGUGGUGCUGUUGGCGUCAAAACCCUUCUUCUAGUGAUGCCAUCCAAGUAUAAUGACAUGCUGAAAGGACCUUUCUUGAAGGUUGACUUGCAUUCUGGGGCUGUUGCUGAAGGUGUUUUGACUUUCACUCACAACAUGGCUAUCUUCUUUGUCAUGUUUAAGGGUCCUAGGAACCCUUUUGUGAAGGUGUAUUUGCUCUCUGUGACAACUGCUGUUUUGGCUAUUCUUGGUGGUGGAUUCACUGGGCCUUCCAUGAACCCUGCCAAUGCCUUUGGAUGGGCCUUUGUCAACAACAAGCACAACACUUGGGAGCAGUUUUAUGUCUAUUGGAUUUGUCCCUUCAUUGGGGCUUCCUCAGCUGCUUUGAUUUUCAGGUCUAUGUUUAUGCCACCAAUCAAGCAGAAGAAAGCUUGAAUUAGUUAAGCUUUUACAUUUUGAUUUACUAGUUGAGUAAUAAAUAAACCAUUGCCCUUAGUUUCUUCUUCUUCCAAUGUCACUAGUUUUAAGUUGGAAUUUUCUAAAUCUUUUCUUUUUUAUCAACAAAGUUAAUUAUUAAUUAUUAGUUUUUAUUGAUCAA